AUAGCUUAAGUUUAUGAACUUAAAAGUUUUUAUUCUAAGUUUACUGGUGAAAAUAUACAAAUAUGGAGUUCUCUCAACCACCGCCAGAUCCAAUGGCGCAGAAUUUCGCUAAUCCUCCGCCAAUAAAUCGGAUACUUAGCUACCAGAAUCCGCAAACCCAGAAACCACAAUACAACAAUUUCUAUCAUCAUCGUCCGUACCAUCAUUUUAAUGGCUUCCGCGGGGGUUUGCCAAUGACGCAGGAUGAUUUCGACGGCAAACGGUUACGGAAAUCGGUGAUGCGUAAAACUGUCGACUACAAUGCGUCCAUCAUCAAAGCUUUGGAGAACCGAACGUGGCAGCGGGACUACCGGGACCGGCAUGGUCUGCAGCCGGAAAAUAUCUACCUCCCCGAGCUGUUGCCUCCACCGAGCUAUAUGGAUAACCCUAUCAAUUCCGUCACAACUCGUUUUGUCAAAACAGCCACCAAUAAGAUGCGGUGUCCAAUUUUCACGCUGGCGUGGACCCCGGAAGGCCGACGCCUGGUAACCGGUGCAAGCUCGGGCGAGUUCACAUUAUGGAACGGACUGACGUUUAACUUCGAGACAAUUUUGCAGGCUCAUGAUGUAUCAGUUCGCACUAUGGUCUGGUCCCACAACGACAACUGGAUGGUGACUGGAGAUCACAGCGGUUUUGUCAAAUACUGGCAAUCCAAUAUGAAUAAUGUCAAGAUGUUUCAAGCUCAUAAGGAGCCUGUCCGCGGAAUCAGCUUCAGUCCAACGGAUACAAAGUUUGCCAGUUGUAGUGACGAUGGAACGGUUCGUGUGUGGGACUUCUUCCGCUGCCAGGAGGAACGCGUACUUAGAGGUCACGGAGCAGAUGUCAAGUGUGUACACUGGCACCCCCAGAAGGCACUGAUCGUAUCGGGCAGCAAGGAUAAUCAGCAACCGAUCAAACUUUGGGAUCCCAAAAGCGGUCAAGCGCUAGCCACUUUGCAUGCCCACAAAUCGACGGUGAUGGACCUCAAAUGGAAUGACAAUGGAAACUGGCUAGUCACCGCAUCCCGUGAUCAUCUACUUAAACUUUUCGAUCUACGUAAUUUGAGCGUAGAAGCGCAAAUAUUCCGUGGUCAUAAAAAAGAAGCAAGUGCUGUGUCGUGGCAUCCGGUGCAUGAAGGAUUGUUUGCUUCGGGUGGAUCGGACGGCUCUAUCCUGUUUUGGAAUGUUGGAACGGAUAAGGAAGUUGGUGGUAUUGAUAAUGCCCACGAAAGUAUUGUUUGGACGUUAGCAUGGCAUCCAUUGGGACAUAUCCUUUGUUCCGGGUCGAAUGAUCACACUAUCAAAUUUUGGACAAGAAAUCGGCCAGGAGACCAAAUGCGAGAUAAAUACAACCUUAACACGUUACCUGCUAGCUUGGCAGGACUGGAAGAUUGUGAAUUGGAUGACCACGUUGUCAUCCCAGGAAUGGGACCAGAGGAUAAGAUCGAUAUAGCGGAUAGUUUGGGCACAAACAACAAUGGUGUGAUUCCUGGCUUAGACUUUGCCAAUGUAACCAACUUCAAUGAAAAGAUGAGGGAAAAGAAGAUCCCUUACAGUAAACCCAUUCCUCGUAACUUCCAAGCUCAGUGGAAUGAAGCUAACAAGUACGAGGAUCACCAUAAUGCAUCGGAAGAGAUAAAGGAUGUAAUAUCUCAAAUAGUCGAACAUAAUACCGUAGUUCCGCAGAGAAAAAUGGCACCAUCUGCUAUCAUUUUAUAUGAUCGCGUAAUCCAAGUACAACCUGGUUCCGAGUUGGAAGGUGCUAUCCUGGACGGCCCGGAUACGCUAAACAGCUUUAUACGGCUAGGCAGGAUACCUGAGCUGCGUGAUGUUUUCCCGCUGAUUGCUGUGGAAGAUUUCAACAAUUUGGAUGAAAGUUGCGCUGAGCUGUUAGCGAGCCGGGCGAAGAUGGAAAUUGAUCCAACGUUUAUUUACAACAAAACUACCACAAUGGAACCGACGGAACCUCCAGAGGCUACAGAACCAUUACUGUCGUCCACGUCGUUAAUGAAACGAAGGACACCACCCCCGCCUCCACCGGACCCAACGGCAGGAAUACCAUCAUUGUUGCAGUUGGAUAUCAAUCCUCCGCCGGAUGUAAUCUUCAAUACGGACGAAGUAGCGGACGAGAUAGCACUUCGAAACAGCAAGAAGGGCAGGGAAAGAGAAAAGCAAAAGGAAAGAGAGCGGAGAGAACAGGAAGAAAAGAUGAAGUUCUGGGCUCAGCACAAUGAGCGAAAUUGGGAUGACGAAGGUAAUGACGAAGAGUUCGAUUAUAAACCGUCGUCGUCACCACUUGACAGAGAAAGCCACAAUACCAACAGUAAUGGCCAGUGGGCCCCGAUCAAGCGUGAAAUAGAUGAAGAGGAUGCUGCAGGUCUCGGCGGUACUACGUGGGAUGCAGAAAAUGAUAGCUCGGCAAACUUCGGUGGUGACGACAGUCGUGACAAACAGAGCAAGGAAGGAAACAAUUUCGGUGCUCAAUCAGGAAGUUUCAACUUCAACCAAGGACAUUUCGAUUCUGCCAACAGUUUUGGAUCUGGUGGUUUUAAUGCUGGCCCCAACAACUUCAGCUCCAGUUCAAAUAACUUCAACAGUAGGCAGAAUAACUUCAGUCAAGGUCCAUUUAUGUCAGAACCACCGGGUAGCUUUAAUUCCGGUAUCAACAGUUUUCCCCAAGGCUCAGGACCAAACAACUUCCCUGCUGCCGGUGCAAAUAAUUUUGUGCCGGGACUUCCCAGCAAUUUUAACCCCAACAUGCCCCCGAACUUUAGUGCGGGACCUCCUCCCAAUUUCAGUGCAGGCCCUCCUGGCAACUUCAGUGCGGGCCCGCCAAUGAGUAAUUUUAACUCUGGACCUCCUCCCGGGGGUAACUUCAAUGCAUUCAACAGUUUUAACAGUGGAAACGGCUUCAACAAUGGUGGUAACAAUUUUGGUUCCAAUCAUGACGACAGUUGGAAUAGAGGCAGCGGGCAUCGUGGUAACCGAAACAAUAUGCGGGGUGGACGCGGUAACCAAAGGGGCUUCCGAGGAGGGAACCGAAGGAAUUAAUAAAGUUCCAAACUACGUUCGAUGUGAACUGAUUUUUCUAAUACUACUAGCUGUAUCUGCUGCUAAGGUAGUCAAGCAGCAUCCGGGUGACAGGAUGGCGAGUAGAGCACGAUAUUUUACACAAAAUCAGUAGAUUUUGUGGAACCGGUUGGAAGUGAUGAAAUCAUUUCAAUAAUUUUCUUGGUCGUAACCACAAUAUGGCGUGUGUAUGAUGAGAUCUUGUAUGUGUGAAAGAGUAAUGUAAUUUAAUUUAACUAAUUAAAUAGAUUUGUAGAAAAUAAAAUUAUGCAUAACGAAUGUUCGAGAAAAAAUAU